AUGAAGCCUUCAGACCUCUCGCCACAGCUCCCAUGGUUGUUGUUACAACAUGAUCCAGACUCUGAUGCCCGACCCUUCUACUGCCUCUUGUCAAAAAUGAUCCACAUCCUUUACCUCCCUGAGGCCCAGGGCAAGUGGAUCGUUGGCUCAAAACAUGGCUGGCUCAUCCUCGUUGAGGCUGAGAGCUCAGUUAUGACUCUACUCAACCCCAUCACCCGCAACAUCUUCAUCCUCCCUAAUUCAAGCUUCACUAGCGACCAAGUUCGCCGCACGACGAUCUCCUCCCCUCCGACCUCACCCACUGGUUGCACUGUUAUGGUGCUCCUCCAUGAUGCUCCUUUUGUCAUCUACUGCUCCCUAUUUGGCAACCGAUGGGGCCAAUGGGUCACCAUCAACACCAAGCUCCCCUUCGACAACUUUGGUGCCUAUGAUGUCAUCUUCCAUCACAAAAAGUUUUAUGUGAUCAACGAUAAUUUACUGCUCACCAUAAUUGAUGUUGCCACACUUGUGCCAACUGUUAGCAGGGUUGAAUCAAUAGAACUCCCAUCCAAAGGGGAUGGAUGGAUGGUGAAAAGGGCCUAUCUCACAGAGUCCGAGGAUGAUCUAUUGCUAAAUGUCUUCUUCGGCCGAUCGGAAUAUAAGGAGGUGAACAAGGACUACUUCCACCAAGAUAUCUUUCACUCGAGGGACUUCUUCAAUGUCUUCAAGCUGGAUGAGAGUAGGUAG